GUCCGAACAUGAAAACUCAAACGAGGGCUGUGUUUCAUUGUCUGUCAAUUUUGAUUUUAACAGUGCAGGUGAGCCAGCCUGUCUGUGUAGAUGUGACCCCAGAGACAGAGGCCGUGCUUGGUUCCACCAUGAAGCUCUCCUGUAUUGCCUGUAUGAAGAGAGAGGAGAUCAACGCAGAAACGGAGGUUCACUGGCAUUAUAUCACAAAGGACAGGAGUAAAAACAUAACUAUUUUUAGGUAUAGAGGGACACCGGAAGCGGUCGGUGAAAUAUGGAAGGAUCGUCUCACGUGGAAUGGUAGCAAGGAUCUACAGGACGUCUCCAUUAGCAUCAAAAAUGUCACACUAAACGACACGGGCACAUACGAGUGUUUGGUGUUCCGCAAAUUUUUCUAUGAUUCAUACACACCAUCCUUUGUAGAAAAUAGGACCAUCAAUCUGGUGGUGCUGGAGAAAGCAGGUGACGACAAAACCGCGUUCUACUCAGAGAUCAUGAUGUAUGUCCUGCUGGUUUUCCUCACCUUCUGGCUCCUGGUGGAAAUGAUCUAUUGCUACAGGAAGAUUUCCAAGUCUGAUGAGCAAGCUCAGGAUAACACGACAGACUACCUAGUCAUUCCCUCUGAAAAUAAAGAAAACCCAGGCCCUCCAGUAACCGAAUAAAAGUGGUUGUCUCACACAAAAAAUACGGUACUGAGGACAGUUUUCCAUUCAUGGGGAGGAAGUCUGAUCUUUUUCAAACCCAGGCUGAAUCUGUCAGAGCUGCUCUGCGCAGGCAGGCCUGGAAACCUGCCAAACAAAUUCCCUGUUGUCAUGGUCGCUUUAUGUGCAAAGCAAA